GAGAAGUCAAAUGUUUGACUCAGCCUAUCAGCCAACAGAGGCUGUUCUCAGAGUGGAAACAGGUGGCCAUGUUGGGGUAGGGACAGCACCUUUUGGGCAGGUGUUGUGUCACCUGUGGCUCCAUCAGGAAGCAACUAGAGCUCACCGACAGAGGGACAAUGGAGCCGACAGCAGGAGACACCGGGGAGUAGUUGGACUCUUCCUCAUCUAUUUUUCUGCCUCCUGUGUGUCGGCCUGCGUCUGCGGUCUGAGGGGAAGCGCUUCCUGAUAACAGGAGGCACGUCUUCCUUUCGCUCCAUUCCACUGAUUGACUGCGCACGGCUCCAGCGCCUGAGCUGGCGGCGUUGACGCAUUGUGGAGCCGACAGGGGGGUGAGCGGCAGCGCAGCCCCGGCUUCGCCACACAUCCACUGACAGAGCGCCAUGGCCGUGGUGCAGCUCGAAUCGGGGGACCAUCAUCCGGAGAACGGCUUCGUGUCUCCGGACGCCGUGUGGCCGGGGAAGCUGACGCGCGUCGACGACGCGGUUCUGCCGGUUCUCGGGGGAUUCGGGAGAUACCAGAAACAGCUGAUCGCGCUGACAUGGAUCCCGGCGCUGUUCAUCGGGUUCAGCCAGUACUCGGACGUGUUUCUACUCGCCCAGCCGAACAGCACAUGCGUCCAGCCGGCGGCCAAUUGGACUAACCAGAGAGCGGGUUCCUCCGCGCAGGCGGAUGGCAGCAAAAACACCCGAGCUCCGCUAGAUUAUGUUUCCAGGGGCAGAAAUACCAGCGUCCACAACAGCAGCAGCAGCAGCAGCAGCAGCAGCACGAACGUCAACUGCCUCUGCAGCGAGUGGACCUUCGAGUCCCACACAGGACUCGUGGAGAACGUGGUCACCAGGUGGAGUCUGGUGUGUGAUUCUGCAUCAGAAGUUCACAUUGCAAAGUUCUCUCUUCUGGUGGGGUCGAUCUUUGGAUACCUCGUGUUUGGAAUUCUUGCAGAUUGGUUUGGUCGGUAUCCAGUGUUGAUCCUAUCGGUGAUGUUUAUGCUGGUGUUUGGUUUAUCCGUGGCUUUCUCUGUCAACGUCCCCAUGUUCAGCACUUUGCGAUUCUUCGAGGGCUUCUGCCUUGCAGGGAUCAUCCUUUCUCUCUACGUCCUCAGGAUUGAGCUGUGCACGCCAAAAUGGCGAUUUUCCAUGACCAUGAUCGCCAGUUUUGUGGUCUUGGGCGGCCAACUUCUCAUGCCCUUUGUGGUGUACCUCUGUCGAGACUGGCAGGUACUUCAAGCUGUCAUCAUCUGUCCCCUGCUGCUUAUGCUGUCCUACAUUUGGAUCUUCCCUGAGUCACUGCGCUGGCUGCUCGCCACUCAGCAGUACCACCGCUCCAAACGAAUCAUAGAGGACAUCGUGCAGAAAAACAGCUCGGACAUGAAGCUCGAUAGCGGAAACAUUUUCACAGAGCUACAGCAGGAUAUGCAAAAGAAACCCAAGAAGACGUGCAUCGUGAAGAUGGUCGGGACCAGAAACCUGUGGAAGAACAUUGUUGUUCUGUGCGUCAACUCGCUAACCGGUUACGGGAUCCACCACUGCUUCGCUCGCAGCUUGAUGGAUCAGGAAGUCCAGGAACCCAUGCUCCAAAACUUCUAUGCAGACUACUACACCACGGCGGGCAUUGCGGUGGCGUCGUGCAUUGCCUUGUGCCCGGCUGUGGGCCUGAUGGGCCGGCGCGGAGGCCUUCUUAUGUUCAUGAUAAUCACUGCUCUGGCAUCGCUGCUGCAGCUGGGGCUGCUUAACUUGUUGGGGAAGUACAGCACGCACCUGAACAUUGCUGAAAACUCCGACACCCUGAAUAAAAACUUCUCCAUCGCCUUCUCCAUCAUCGGCAUGUUCUCCUCCCACGCAGUCAGCAACCUGAGCAUUUUCUUCUGCGCCGAGAUCACGCCCACCGUCAUCAGGGGGGGUGGUGUGGGCCUGGUCCUGGCCAGCGCCGGCUUCGGCAUGCUCACCGCCCCCAUCAUGGAGCUGCACAAUCAGAAGGGCUACUUCCUUCACCACAUCAUCUUCGCCUGCUGCACCCUCAUCUGCAUCAUCUGCAUCCUCCUGCUGCCCGAGCCGCGCUCCAAGCCCCUCCCCGAGACCCUGCCGGACGGCGAGAGCUACACCCGGGAGCCCCUCCUCCAGUCGCUGAGGCACCGGGAGAACAGCCACCUGCUGCCCCAGUCGCAGAGCGGCAAAGACUACAGUCGAGUGUGCGACACCCCGCUCCACGAGGUGGGCACGGCCGUGGUGUCGACCAUGGAGUCCACCGCCUCGUCCGCCAUCGAGCUGACCGCUCAGAUGCACGGCGGCGUGGCCGUCACCAUGGUAACCGAGGUGCAAGCCAGCAAAUCUGAGCCGAAAGACCCCAACGGUCACUCCGUAUCUUCUUCAUCGCCGACCUCUGCGGCGGAGCUGGAGAAGGACGCUGUCAUCUGUGCCAGCAAAGAGCGCCUGCUGUCUUCCAGUCCGGCACACAAAGCGCCGUGCGCCACAGACCCGCUUUUGUCCGACGAAGAACCGUUUGCAAUCGUCUUGAAUUCUAUUGAGCCAAAGGUAGAAUACAUCCCACGGAAUCUGAAGUCUCCAACAGCUAAAGAUGACUCAGCUCCUGCAGCUUCAACGGAUCCUCAUGUUGCCCCGGAAACGGUAUCACCAGUCGAUGAUGCCCCCCCUCCACUAAAGCCCCCCAGUGAUUUGAACAUUCCCCUUCAGUCAGAAGCUCCUGCUGGAGACUCUCAGUUAGAUCUUUCUUCUCCCCGUCCUCCAUCUCCUCAAAGUUUGUCCCCUGUUCCUUCUCCCCGUGUGGACUCGGGUCACGACGAGCCCUCAGCGGACUCGGCCCCUCCCCCAAAAACGCAAACUAUGUCUCCUUCCAUUCUCCCCGUCACAGACAUUGUUCACCCUCCAGAUCCAACCUCACUGACUCCCACAGACUGCCAGCCCGACCCGGUACCGCAAUCGGUCGCGGGUCCGGACUCCUCAUGGCCGGCCCCGCCCUCUCUCGUAGAGUGCACGGUGUCCUCCCCCAUAGAUUCCGGCGUCCCCUUGGCCAAAGACGGGGGAGGUGCCGCGACAGAAAGCGACUCCGCCGACGACACGAUACCUUUGUGAGCCGGGUGCCGCGGCGCCGAAUUUAAGCUUUAAGUGUUGAUACCACAGCGGCGGGGGAGGGGCGGUGGACGGUCCCGACUCACAGAUUUGCAGCCCCACCCCCCGCUCCCCUCUAUGUGCAUUUAGCCAACUGCAGGAGCGAAGGCGUCGCCACGCGCUGGCUCGUGAGCGGAGCCGCUGCGCGCCAGGGACGUCACGGGAAAUCACCAGCGCAGAAAAUACUUGGAUGUAAACAAACGUACGGAAGCCGAGAAACGACCUGGCCUACUUUUUUAUCGUUAUCUUUCUCGUUAUUUUUUAUCCUUAGUUCUUAAACAUAGUUCUUUUCUUGUAAUAAAUAGUUAUUAUCUUGUUUUCUCAAGAAAACAAACAAGAUAUUAUCUCGUAUUAUCGAGUUAUAACCAGAUAUUAUCUUGUUUUUUCUAGAAAAUAAAGUUAAAUUUCUUGUUAUAACGAGCUAUAAUCUUGUUCUAAUGAGAAGACGAAGUUUGUUUUCUCGUUACGACUAGUUAUGAUCUUGUUUUCUCAAGAAAACAAAGUUCAUUUUCUCGUUGUAACGAGAUAUUUUCUUGUUUUCUCGAGAAAACAAAUCAGAUAUUAUCUCGUAUUAUCGAGUUAUAACGAGAUAUUAUCUUGUUUUUUUCUAGAAAAUGAAGUUAAAUUUCUUGUUCUAACGAGCUAUAAUCUCGUUAAAAUGAGAAAGCGAAGUUUGUUUUCUGGUUACGACUAGUUAUUUUCUUGUUUUCUCAAGAAAACAAAGUUCGUUUUCUCAUUGUAACGAGAUAUUUUCUUUUAUUUUGAGAAAGCAAACUUUGUUGUCUCUUAAUGAGUUAUCUUGUUUCUCAAAAAAUAAACUUCAUUUUCUCAUGAAAAUGGGAUAUUAUCUCGUUAUAACACCAGGAAGUUCAUUUUUUUCUUUAAAUUGAGUCAUUAUCUUGUUUUCUUGAGAAAACAAAGUUCGUUUUCUUGUUAUAACGAGCUAUUUUCUCGUUUUUUUAAGAAAACUUGUUUUUUUGUUAUGAGUAAACAAACGUAGUUUUCCCGUUUUAACGAGCUAUUUUCUCGUUAUAACGAGUUUUUUUCCUUUUUUCAAGAAAACUUCUCGUUAUAAUGAAAAGCGCAGUUCGGUUUCCCGUUAUGAGUUGUCAUCUCGUUUUCUCACUUUUUUUUUUCUCGUUAUAACGAAAUAUCUCGUUUUAACGAGAAAAAGAUUUUCAAAAAAGUAGGGCAGGCCGCUAUUAUCUUGUUUUCUCGAGUUUGUUUUCUUGAGAAAACGAUCUUGAUUUUUCUCGUUUUAACGAGAUAGCGAUUAAAAAAAAUGUGAGGCGGGCUGUUUUCGGCUUCCAUACAAAGGUGGGAAAUCCGUGUCAUUUUUGAAGAUGGCGCCCAUCGUUACAGAGUCGAGCUCUGUCAUCAGCUCUAGUAAAGACAUGCAAA